UGGAUUGCGCGGGAAAGUUGCUUGCGCCUGAUGCCGGAAGUGCCGCAGUAAGCAUGGAGCUCGGGGAUUUCGAACGGGAAAAUUCCUGCAGCCGGCUCCUGGCCUCGCCCGUCCCCGAGGAGUGCCAGAGGGAGGACUGCUGCCUGGGGAUAGAUGAGGCUGGCAGGGGCCCCGUGCUCGGUCCUAUGGUUUAUGGGAUCUGUUACUGUCCCGUGUCACGCAAAAAGGAAUUGGAGGAGUUGAAAGUAGCAGAUUCCAAGACACUCAAUGAAGCUGAGAGGGAACGUCUGUUUGAAAAGUUAAAUGCUACAACAGACUUCAUUGGCUGGGCCUUACACAUACUGUCCCCUAAUGUCAUCUCUACCAGCAUGCAACAAAGAGCAAAGUACAAUUUAAAUGCCUUAUCGCAUGACACUGCUAUCGGUCUAAUUCAGCAUGCUCUAGAUACAGGUGUUCAGCUGAAAGAGGUGUUUGUAGAUACAGUGGGCCCGGCAGAGAAAUACCAGGAGAAACUGAAACACAGAUUCCCUGAGCUGGAUGUCACUGUGAGACCGAAGGCUGAUUCAUUGUUUCCUGUUGUUAGUGCAGCAAGUAUCUGUGCAAAGGUGGCACGAGACCGGGUGGUAAAAGGGUGGAAGUUCUUGGAGGAUUUGGGUGAUAUUGAUAUGAAUUAUGGCUCUGGCUAUCCAAACGACCCCAAGACAAAGGAUUGGCUUGCCAAAUAUCUGGACCCUGUUUUUGGAUACCCACAGUUUGUCAGGUUUAGCUGGAGUACAGCCCAAACCAUCCUGGACAGAAGUGCCGCCCCAGUGGUCUGGCCAGAUGAGGAGGAGGAGGAUGGUGUGCCAAGUAAAUCUCAGGCUGUCCUGUCCUCUUACUUUACAACUCAAAAGGAAGCUGUCAAACCCAAAAGACACCGGUUCUUCCAAGAGAGACUUCUGGAGCCUCUGUCUGAGUUGUAAAACCGUUGUAGUGUUUCAGUGAGUUUAUUCUCGUUAAUAGGAGGGUUCCUGAUCUAUUUUCUUGAUCAUAAACAGUUGUUUUAGUUUCAUGAAGGUGCGAUCCUCUUAUUGUGUGUCAUGGGGCUGAGAGAACAACUCAGAACUAUGUGUCUUCUGUCCUACAGCUUUAUUUGUAUGUUACACCUGCCACUAAGAUGAGGCUGUUUCUUUCAUCUUGUGAUGAUUUGACAGUACCGUUCAUCCUGAAAUCAUGGUAGAGGCUAAGGAACUGUUCCUACAAGGCCAUUCCCCUGUCACAGGGGUGGAAGAAGCUAUUUCUGUCCUUACCAGUUUUGUACAAUAUCUGUAUCACCCAGGAUCUUUAAUAAAACUCUUUUGUAUAA